GAAAGACCAAGAGUUCUAGAGAGAGAAAGUGCGAGAUCUGAAUCGAAACAAAAGGUAACGAAGUUCGAAACCCUACUCUCUGUGCUUCGGGAGCCUCGAAGCUCGCUUUCUUCGUUUUCCUUCUCUGUCGAUUCGCGUCUGGUUCUUCUAUUUCUUUGCACUAGAGAGGUAAAAGGCCUAUAAGUUCUAGGCUCUUCUUCUCUCUCUGUGUUUCGUUCGUUUCCUGGACUGUAAAACCCUAGGUUCGGUUUCUAGGGUUUGGAGUUGGUGUUCGGUGAAGGUUGAAGUUUGAGGGAAAAAGAAUUAGGGUUUUGAAUGUAUGGCUUCGGGGCCUGUAGUUGGAGAUGAUGGAGCUAGAGAGAAACAGAGGUACGUGGAGCGCAAGGUGUACACCAGAAAAGCGUUUAAAGGUCCGAAGAACAAAGGUAACACUGUGAACGCCGUGAACGCCGUUCCUCCUCCUCCUCUUUCUCUUCCUCACUCCGCAACUACUACCUCCGAUAACAACAACAACAACAACACCGCCUCCUCCGUCACCGCGGUCAAAAAUAACGGUAACCACACCGCCAACAGUAAUAACGGUAACGAUAACAGAACCAUCGAAAACCGUUACGACGAAGCCAAGGGUAAUGGCAAUAACGGUUCGGCUCAGCCGUCGCGUGUUACUGUGCCUGAGGAUGGGAUAUCGGAUCGGUUGCAACUGAAUUCGCGGUUGGAUGUGGUUUCCAAUGACUCGUCCGGUUUGAACCGUCGGCUGGAUGAACCUUCGAGCCUCAGUGUUCAGCAGGAUGAUGCUCCUGGCACGCGAGACCCGCCUCCUGGGAAUUGUGCUGCAAAGCCGGGGUCGGAGAAUCGGGUUAGAUUCAGCUUGGCCUUACGGUCGAAGCAGGAGAUACGGGAGCUGAGGAGGAAGCUUGAGAGCGAGCUUGACAUGGUGAGAAAUUGGAUGAAUAGGAUUGAAGAGAAGCAGGUGGUGGUUGGUGGGUAUGGUAAUUCAACUGUUUUGGUGGAUCAUGGGAUUGAUAAUAGGUUUGGGGCAAAGCGUGCUCACUCGGUGGUAGCAUCUGCUGGUGUUACACGAGAGGUUACCAGGCCUUUGCAACAGUUAAGUGUGUCAGUGUUAGAGCAUAGUCAUGGGGUUAGUGAGAAUGUUGAGAAGGAGAAGAGAACGCCUAAGGCAAAUCAGUUCUAUCGUAAUUCUGAGUUCUUGCUUGGGAAAGAUAAGUUUCCACCUGCAGAGAGUAACAAGAAGUCAAAAUUGAAUGGGAAGAAGCAUGGCGGAGGAGAAAUGGGACAUGGACUUGGGAUGGGAUCCAAGUAUUUCAAGAGCUGUAGCUCAUUGCUUGAAAAGUUGAUGAAACACAAGCAUGGUUGGGUGUUUAAUACUCCAGUCGAUGUAGAGGGUCUUGGUUUGCAUGAUUAUUUUACAAUCAUCGCACAUCCAAUGGACUUGGGUACUGUGAAGUCAAGGCUGAACAAGAAUUGGUACAAAUCAUCUAAGGAGUUUGCAGAGGAUGUGAGACUUACAUUUCAUAACGCCAUGACAUAUAAUCCUAAAGGGCAAGACGUUCAUGUAAUGGCAGAGCAGCUAUCAAAGUUAUUUGAGGAAAGAUGGGCUAUAAUAGAGUCAAAUUACAACCAUGAGAUGAGAUAUGGCAUAGAUUAUGGGGCAGUUAUCCCUGCACCUUCACCUUUAUCUAGAAAGACUCCGGCAUUUCGUCCACCACCUCUUGAUAUGAAACGGAUUUUGGAUAGGUCAGAAUCAAUGACACAACCUCCAAAACCUGUGAACAUUACUCCUUCAGCUCGUACCCCUGCUCCAAAAAAGCCAAAGGCAAAAGAUCCUCUUAAAAGGGACAUGACAUACGAGGAAAAGCAAAAACUUAGCACCAACCUUCAGAAUCUACCUUCUGAGAAGCUAGAUGCAAUUGUACAGAUCAUUAAGAAGAGAAAUUCAGCACUUUCCCAACAUGAUGAUGAAAUUGAGGUGGACAUUGAAAGUGUGGAUGCUGAAACUCUCUGGGAGCUUGAUAGAUUUGUGACCAACUAUAAGAAAAGUUUGAGCAAACACAAGAGGAAGGCUGAACUUGCUAUUCAAGCCAGAUCACAAGCUGAGCAGAAUGCACACCAGAAGAGCCAGGCACCAGUUAUGGUUGAUGUUUCAAAAGAAAAACAAGCAGAUGAAAGAAAUGUUCCCCCAUCCUUGCCUGUGCAAGGGGAAAUUCAAGUAAAUAAUGGGAACAAGUCAAGUAGUUCAAGCAGCUCAAGCAGUGAUUCUGGCUCUACUUCAAGUGAUUCUGAUAGUGAUAGUUCCUCAGCGUCUGGGUCCGGUGCAGGUUCACGAAGAACCUGAAUACAUUCUGUCAGAUGUCAGAUAUUUAGAUUAGAUAGUGAUGCGAUGCUUGGCUAGUUGGUUUUUUUCAAGCUUCCAGAUUAUGGUAUGAAUGUCGCAAUUGGUUUAAAGUGGAAGCAUUCUCAAGGCUGCCUGUGAUCCUGCUCUUCCAGAUUAUGGCAUCUUUUUGUCUUAUUUGUCCGAACUGUUGCUCCAUUGCUCUUCACGGGCCUUAUUUAUGAUGACACGAAUUCUUGUAUAAUAUUUGGUAGAAUGUGAUGAUAAUUAGAUAGUUUAGUUCUCCGUAGCAGUGUACAUUGCUAACUACUGCUACUCUAAUUAAGUUCCAUUGAUGUCUUGUUUUUAUUUUGUGAUGGCAGAUUCAGGUUUCUUGGUGUUAUACAAAGAUAAUCUGUAAUUCCAAGUUCUUGAAGUCAUUAUUGGUUCUCAUGAAAUGUCCAUAUGGUAGCAUGAGUUUGAUUAGUAAUGUUAUAAGGGGCAUUGGGGAUGUUACUUGAUUUCUAUUAAGGAACAUCUAUUUAAUCUCUGGUUUUGAGAGAUCUGAUCCUCUGCAAUUCAGUUGUGGGUAUAAGUUAAUUAUCUUUCCAGGCUAUCAUUUCAGGUGUGGAGAUUAGCCUACAGUUGUACAGUCAAGGAUAUGUUUAGCCCUAGAUUUUGGGUAUGCAUAUAGAAGUUUCUUUUAUGACGUCUUGCAAUUAGAGUGGAUUCUUCCACGGAGGCACGAGCAACUAUGUUUAGGAAUUAUAAUUUUAUUUCAUUGAUCCAGCUAUGACACCCUCGUUUCCUUGAUAACAAUUAGAAGGAUAUCCCUAAGGGGGCGUUUGGUUCCAAGCUUUUGGUCAGAAUCCUAUACAAACGAAAUAUAGUUUUCAGUUUCACGACGUUUGUUUCAUCAGAUUUUUACCAAAUUCCCAUCAAUGUCAUUUGCAUGGGUUUUUAAACUUUUGAUCAGAAAGAAAGCAUUUCGUACUGUUGAGAAAGCGAAUGUGAGGA